UUAAGGUCAUUCUUGGUUCAGUGCAUUUCUUUGUCUGGGAGUAGAUAUGAUAAGAAAUUUGGUGCACAAAGAGAAAAGCUAAGAAACAUAAAAACAGCGUGAAGGCCCCCCCACUAGCGUGGAAUGGUACAACCCAAAUAUGGCUGCCUCCAUCCUGCAACGCUUUUCUCUGUCUCCGUGCUUAAAUGGCAGAAGAUGUUUGCUCUCAGCAGCAUACACAGACACCAGAGUUUGGGAGCAAAGACAACACAAUCCCCAAAACCUAGCUAAAUUGGCCUCUCUUAUGGACAAGACCUAUGAGAAGAAGCUUCCAGUGAGCUCUUUGACAAUAUCACGGUUUGUAGACAGUAUAUCAUCUAGAGAGGAAGUUGAUCAAGCAGAAUAUUACUUGUAUAAGUUUCGACACAGUCCAAACUGCUGGUAUCUCCGUGACUGGACAAUUCAUAGCUGGUUUCGACAGUGUGUUAAAUAUGGAGCCAGAGACAGAGCCCUGUAUACACUCAAGAAUAAGGUACAAUUUGGAAUGUUUCCAGAUGAGUUCACGUUUAAUAUCCUGAUUGACUCUUACCUAAAAGAUGAAGACUACAAGGGAGCCUGCUCAGUUGUUGACGAGGUGAUGCUUCAGGAAGCUUUUGACCGCCCCACGACACAGAUCUUAUCUCUGUUCGCCCUGAGCAAAUAUAUAGCAACCAAGCUGGAUUUUAGUUGGCAGGAGGAGAGGAACAUGGGAGCAGCCUUUCUGCUUGCUGGACUGAAGCAGGAAAAUGAUGUUGGCCUUAAUGCUCAGUUACUUGGUCAUGCACUCAUCGGUAAGGUGGAGAUGGCCAGAGGAAUCCAUGCAGUGUUUCACAACAUGCCCUUGAUGUGGACCCCUGGUUAUCUCAGUAAAGGUCUGGUUGUUAUGGAGCAAGUGUGCAAUGAUGCUGGAGAUUUGAAACUAUGCAAGGAAAUUCUUGAUUACAUGCAGAUGAUACUGCAGGAACUCGUGUCAAUGCUUGCUUCUGAAGCAACAGUACAGAAAGAUGCAGAAAACCAGGCUGUUACUAUAGAUGAAGAUGAUGAGCUUGAAAGAGCAAAACUACCACAGUACUCAGCCAGGUUCAAGGAGCUGAAAGAGCAGCUAUACUCACAGGGGAAAGUUGAGAUGCGUAGUCUGAAUACACUUGUGUCCAUCCUGGCUGAAGAAAAACUGAGGACCUGUGAGGAGCAAGAUAUGGCUCAAUACGAGAAGACCAUGCAGGCCUGGGAAGCAGAGCGCAUACAACUCCUCCAAAGAGAGGCAAUGAUUAGAAAAAAAGCAGAACAGGAGCGUUUGGCCAAAAAAACAGCCCAAGCAAUUCAGUGACCUCUCUCUUACUUUGGACACAUGGAAGGAGAGAAGGCAUAUUGUUUUUUCAUGUUUAAGUGGGUACAACAUAAAGUAUUGUUUUGUUUGUUGUCCCCCCCCCCCGUCAAAGUCUGAACAAUUUUUAAACAAAAAAACCCUAGGAUUUCUCAACUAUUACAUUUAGCUUAUUUUAGCUGCCUACCACAAUAUAUUGGAGUUUAAAUUAAAUAAUGUAUAUGAGCUCAAAGUGCAGAUUUACAUCCAGAUCAGGUGAACAGUACCUAUACUGUUCACCUGAUCUGGAUGUAAAUCUGCACUUUACAUUACACUGUAGCUUGGCAUGUUAUUCCCCUUAUUUCCUCCCCAUAUUCUUCUUUAAGCAGAUAAAAGGUCUGUCACUAUUAUGGAUGAGAUAUGGAUUAGACUGUAUUUUAUGUGUCACAAUGAAUCUUCUCCUGUAGUGCUCUAUGUGAUUCAAAGUCAGGCAUAUGCAAGUGCUCCUCAGUAGAGAAUCUCUCCAGAUCCAAUAUCUUAGAAGCAGAGCACAUACAACUCCUCCAGAGAGAGGCAAUGAUUAGAAAAAAAGCAGAACAGGAGCAUUUGGCCAAAAAAACAGCCCAAGCAGUUCAGUGACCUCUCUCUUACUUUAGGCACCUGGAAGGAGAGAAGGCAUAUUGUUAUUUCAUAUAUUUCUCUUGUAUAUAAUCAUCUCUCCUCACAGGUUUUUAGUGAGGUUUAGAUUAAGGGACCUUUAGAGAUAACAAUAGUAUGUAAGUACAUAGUAGUCAAAAGUUUGGACACACCCAAUUCAAUGUUUUUUUUUUUUCCUUUAUUUUUAUUAAUUAAAAGACACUUCAUGUAUUAAAGUAAUGAUGGAUGUUGUUUCUCUUUACUUAUCUGAGCAGUUCUUGACAUUGUUUACUACAGUUGUAGAAUAGGGCUAUUUACUGUUUGAUCACAAAUGCAUAAAGAAGGCAAGAAAUUGCACUAAUUAACUUUUAAUGAGGCGCACCUGUUAUUUGAAAAGCAUAAGUAGUGUGCAGUGUCAAGGUCAACAGUGGCUACUUUGAAGAAUCUCAAACAUGAAACAUUUUGUUCUUUUAACACUUGUUUACCACACAAUUCCAUAUACAAACCCUGUUUCAAAUGGGUUUGUCAACAAGACAAUGACCCCAAACACACGAGUAAGCAAGGAACAUCUUGGUUCCAGACAAAAAGAAUUGAGGUAAUGGAGUGGCCAGCUCAAUCCCCUGACCUCAACCCCAUUGAAAACUUGUGGGGUGUCAUUAAAAAAAAAUGCAGUUUCUGAAGCAAAACCCAAAAAUUCACAGGAACUGUGGAAUGUAGUUCAUUUGUCCUGGGCUGAAAUAUCUGUUUAUACAGUAGGUGCCAGAAGUUGGUGCAGUGCAGUGCAGAUGUGCAGCAAUUAUCAAAAACAAUGGUUUUGCAACUAAAUAUUAGUUCAGUUUGAGUUUAAAGAGAAAAAUGUUGACCCUGCUAUUUUUUUAAACAUUAAUAUUCCUUUUCUUUGCUUCCUGUAAAAGAAUAAUGUAGAAUUAAUAACAUUUGUUAAUGCUUUGAUUUGGAAAUGAAUGUGUAAUGUUUCCACUACAUUUGAAAUAUGGAAAUAAAAGUUAUUCAAACAUUUCA